UACACGCGCCGCACUGGAGCAGUUGUCAGUCGGGGAAGCUGCUGUCAGUGCGGCGCUAACCGAGCUGUUUGCCGGCUAGCUUGCGCUGGGAGACAGUUUAAAAAGCUAACAAUGGCAGGUGUGCACCCUCAGGACGACCUGCUGAAGAUGACACACAGAGAGAACUGGCAGGUGCAGAACGAGCGUCUCCAUGUGAAGCACAGGGCUUAUGAGGACAUGCACAAGGGUCACAAGCCCAUGCACGCAGAGAUGGUGCUGAUCCUCAUCGCCACGCUGGUGGUGGCUCAGAUAGUCCUGGUGCAGUGGAAACAGCGGCACCUCCGCUCGUACAACCUGGUGACUCUCGUCCAGAUGUGGGUGGUUCCUCUUUACUUCACCAUCAAACUCUACUGGUGGAGGUUUCUGUCCAUGUGGGGGAUGUUCUCCGUCGUCACCAGCUACGUCAUCUUCAGAGCCACUCGCAAGCCGCUGUCCUGCAGGACGCCGAGGAUGGUGUACAAGUGGUUCCUGUUGAUCUACAAGCUGAGCUAUGCAGUGGGCGUCCUGGGCUACCUGGCCAUCAUGUUCACCAUGUUCGGCUUCAACGUCUUCUUCAGGAUCAAGGCAGAGGACUCUAUGGACAUAGGUGUGAUCAUGCUGUUUUACGGGCUUUACUACGGCGUCAUGGGAAGAGACUUUGCUGAGAUCUGCUCUGACUACAUGGCUUCUACAAUCGGGUACUAUAACAAGGGAGGAAUGCCCAGCAGGAGCCUGACCGACGACAUCUGUGCAGUGUGCGGUCAGAAGAUCCUGGUGGACGUGGAGGAGGAAGGAUUUAUAGAAGACACCUACCAACUCUCCUGUGGACACCUAUUCCACGAGUUCUGCAUCCGCGGCUGGUGCAUCGUGGGUAAGAAGCAGACGUGUCCAUACUGCAACGAGAAGGUUGACAUGAAGAGGAUGAUGAACAACCCCUGGGAGAAGACACAUGUCCUGUAUGGGCAGCUGCUUGACUGGCUCAGAUAUCUGGUUGCCUGGCAACCCAUCAUCAUCGGUAUCGUUCAAGGGAUUAACUUCUCCCUGGGCCUGAAAUAGAGCCCUGAGGAACGCCGCUGCAAGUAUGUCCUGGAGUCGCGGGGGGGAAAAGUGUUCGAUACGUUUGGCAACAAAUUGUGAAAAUCCGCUCGACAAGGAACUGAUUCAGGCUGCUUUUGAAGUCUUUUGUUUCCUCAGUACAUGUUGUUGGACUGAAUGCUUGCACAGUUUCCAGCAGAGCGAUCCCAGGUGGUCUGGGUCUCUGUGUGCAGAGGACACUGUGAUGCCAAAACUGCUGCCAACUUGAACAAAUUUUUGAAUUUUUUUUUCAUUUGAAGCACAGUUUAUGUAUAGUUCAGAAACUUCUCUGUCAUGCAUGUUGUUUUUUUAUUGUGAUAAAUCAUUGCUUUACUUUGUACUGUAUCAUAAAAAUGCCUUUUUAAACAGUUGUAUUGUUUGCACACUUCCUCACUGCUGGUUCUGUCGACAACCACUAACAAGAAUUUAUUUUAAAGGAGUUUUCUGCUACAGAACAAAUUGAUUAGUUAAAGUACAAUUCUGUCCGAAUAGUGUUACAUAACCUGUUUACAUUUCAUGCAACUUUGUUUAUUACAUUCGUUUUAUUUGGGAUGUCUGUUCUGUUGUCGUUUGUAUGAAUCUAAAGUUGAUGGUAAUGUAGCAGUCACUGUUACUGUCACUGCAGCUGAAACUUACUAUCAGGAAUUGAAUGUAUCACAUUAUAGAACAGGAGAGAAUGAGGUAGUGGAUAAUCUUCCCUACGUUAUCCUUCCAACAUGGCACCAUUUUCCUAAUAACUAUGGUAACCACCAACAUUUAUUAACAGGAGUUUGGGUUCAUUCAAGUGGUUGAAGAGUGACAGGAGAAUCGAAUUGACAUUGCUUUGUUAUCAAGACUGCUGCUGAUAUUAACUUUGUAUUUAUUAAAUAUUUCUAAAACCCUCA